AUGGCGAUUGCAUCGUUCUGCUUGAUGCUCUCCACACUGAGCAUCACUCCCCACAGAUCUCAGUUCUUCUCGUAUGAGACCAUUUCUCUGAAGUGUGAGGCAAACUCCACUGGCUGGACAGUGCACAGAAGAACUAAGACACUUACUCCUGAGACGUGUGCUCAUGGCUGGGCACUCCCCGGGGAGUCCUCCUGCCUCAUUGAGGACUCGUACAAGUCAGACGCUGGAGUAUACUGGUGUCAAUCUGCCACGGGGGCAUGCAGCAACACCAUCAACAUCACAGUGACCGAUGGUGUUGUGAUCCUGGAGAGCCCUGUGUAUCCUGUGACUGAGGGAGACGAUGUGACACUUGGCUGCUCCUACAGGAAAGAUGAGCAAUCACCAAUAAAGUCAGACUUCCCUGCUGCCUUCUACAAAGAUGGUGCUUUCAUUCGGAAGGAGAGUUCAGGGAAACUGAUCAUCGAACAUGUGUCCAAGAAGGACGAAGGUUUCUAUAAGUGUCAACACCCCUCUGAAGGAGCGUCACUUCAGAGCCUGCUGACAGACAGGAAGUUUUACGUACAGGAAGUCAAAGGUAAAUACGUUUCAGAGCAGCCCGGUUCAGACAGGGAAUAG